UCUUUUGUGCGAUCCGACAACAGUCACAAAAUUUUUGUUGAUUUCUUGUUAAAUAAGCAUUUUUUUGCUUGGGUCCAAAACAUUUUAUAUUUUAUGUAAAAAUAAAUUAUAGACAACUAGAAAAUUUAGUAUCUAUAACCGUUGAAAACUAAGAAAAAGUCAAUAUCAAUAACUUUUUAUUUAAUCACACAUUGAACUUUGGGCAUAUAUAUUGAGAUUUUUGAACCUUGUACCCGACUUUUGUUAUUGUAUAUUAUCGAGCAGGCUAACAGUUAGCAGUAGGUAUUCAGCCUGCCUUGAUUUGAAAAUGAACAGUUUAAAAUUAAUUAGUACAAGGGCUUUUGCAACCUCAAGUGCCAGGGCGGUAAUUAAUAAUGUUACGGUCAUCGGUGGAGGUCUCAUGGGAUCUGGAAUAGCUCAGGUUGCAGCACAGAAUGGUAACCACGUGACUUUGCUGGAGGUAAACCCAGAACUACUUCAAAAGGCUCAGACAAAUAUUGCAACAAACCUGACUCGCGUAGCUAAGAAACUUUAUAAAGAUGAUCCUAAUGCCGCACAACAAUUUGUCGAAGACGCUAAGAAACGUAUACAAGGAACUACCAAAGCAGAAGAAUCUGUAGGGGAUGCAGAUUUAGUGGUGGAAGCUAUCGUUGAAAACAUGGAAAUUAAGCACAAGCUAUUCAAGACACUUGACGAAGCAGCCCCUCAGAAAACAUUGUUCGCUUCAAAUACUAGUUCCUUGUCCAUUGGUGAAAUUGCUUCGGUUGUUAAAAGAAAAGACAAGUUCGGUGGGCUGCAUUUCUUUAACCCCGUACCUGUUAUGAAACUUCUUGAAGUAGUCAGAAUUCCAGAACAGUCGGAAGAAACCUACCAAGCAUUUAUGGCGUGGGGAAAAUCAAUUGGUAAAAGUUGCGUUACUUGCAAGGACACGCCCGGAUUUAUUGUCAACCGAUUGUUGGUUCCUUACAUAGCUGAAGCAAUUAGAAUGCUAGAGAGAGGAGAUGCUUCUGCUAAGGACAUCGAUACGGCUAUGAAAUUGGGUGCAGGUUAUCCAAUGGGUCCUAUCGAAUUGGCAGAUUACGUUGGACAUGACACGACCAAUUCAAUUCUUCAGGGCUGGCAGAAGAAGUUUCCUGGCAAUCCCUUGUUCGUACCCUGUGAAUCAACCAAGAAGUUGGUACAGGAGAAGAAGCUUGGCGUAAAGUCUGGAGAAGGCUAUUAUAAGUAUAACAAGUAAUACACUUUUUACGAUGAUUUUGAUCGGGCCACCAAGAAGUUCUCCUAAAACACGAUUUGAGGCUAUCAACUUUUCCGGACUGAACUUGAGACCACAGUACCAACGCAUAAUGCCGGCUUAAUAAGUAAAUUUACAUAUUUUAAUCAACGAUUGGUCCAUGGGUAAUAACCACAAACGUAAUAGUAAGCCCUAUCUAUAAAAUAACAUUGUGAUUAGUCAAAACUAAAAAAAUCAUUAUUAGAAAUGUUUGUGUGUCUGAAAAGAUAUGUUGAAAUUAAUCAAACCUUAAAGCUAUUUUUUUUACAAGUUUAACACUGAAUAAUCAUUUUUUACAAAUACAUCAAUACAAUCAGCUAUAGCAGACACAAAUUUGAUUAAAAUGACAAUAUUUCUGUGUCAACGAUAGCUCGGACUAUUUUAUAGAAAGAAAUCGCUUGUGACGUAGUCGUUUUAUAUAUUAUGUGAAAAGCCUGUUUAUAUGUUACACCCUAACUUGCAAAAUAAUAUAUUUUUUUACCAUCUUUUAUUCAAUACAUAUAUAUAGAUAUAGGAGAACAUUAAACUGUUGUAAUUCAAGAACAAAAUAAA